AUGUCAUUGACAGUUGACCUGCGGAACCGCUUCGGCGACAAAUCCGAUGGGCCUGUGCUGAAGGGCUGUGGCUACGGGCCGAACUGUUUCUCUACGACUGGCGACCCCGAGGACCCGCAGAUCACCACAUUGCUCCAACCGUGGAAGAUACCAGACGGCGCCAGCGUGGCAGAUGCCUCUGCACAGCUCGAAGCGACAGUUCGUGCAUAUCCGCCAGGUCAACAAAAGGUUGAUGGUGGCGGGUUCCAAGUUGUCAAAGCUGGAUCGGAUGGCUACCUGUAUGCCCAGUUCGAGAGCUUGAAGAAAGGCAAGAUUGACGAUGUCGAGUUUGCAAUAAACAAGGAUGGCACGGUUCAAGUGCGGGCCUCCGGACGCAUUGGCCUCAAAGCCGACUAUGGCUCCAACGCCAAGCGAUUGAAUUAUAUUUCGGAGCAACUGCGAGCAAAAGGCUGGACAGCUCCGGUGAUCACGAAAGACACGCACGCGUAUUAUUUCGCGAUGAACUCUGGCAAGACGAAGGUGCAGUGCGUGGGGAUCGAUUGCCCUGUAAACUACGAACUAAUCGAAGAGGAACCUGGGCCGGGCGAAAGCGAGUGA